AUGCAAGGCCCAAAAAUAGCUGACCCUAGGAUCGGAAAUUUAGUUUUAUACUGCAAGAACGAACUAAAGAAAAAUCGGGAACUGACUAGGCAUUUGAAGCAUGAACAAGAGAAAAAUCAGGAACUGGCUUUGCAGUUGAAGCAUGAACAAGAGAAAAAUCAGGAACUGGCUUUGCAGUUGAAGCAUGAACAAGAGAAAAAUCAGGAACUGGCUUUGCAGUUGAAGCAUGAACAAGAGAAAAAUAAGGAAAACUUUGAAAAAAUCAGAAUAAUCGAAAAAGAAGUGGCCGAUGUGGAGAAAUCAGUACGGGAAUUGGUCGCUUUAUGUAUCCCCGAAGACGGGCCAAACAUAAAAGUCGCCAUUGAUACUUUUAAAGGCCAGUCAAUCUUGCACACCAAAACAGCAUCUAAAAAAUCCUCUAUAGGGGCCUGUGCGGAACCUCGCAUGGUUUAG